AUGAGGUUGUCUUGUGAGAGCUUCAUGCCUGCUUGUAAGGUUGGGUUUGGAAACACAUGUGCCUUAGGAAUCGAGAUCGAACAUACUCGGGGCCUGAUAAACUGGUCGCAGGCUAACAUGAUGUUUGCCUCUUUGAAACUGCCUGCGCCACCAUCAAAAUCCUCGCCCCACCACGUGUUGAUGUUAAAGAAAAAGCUCGGGGCCCAGCAUAACGGUUUUGUUUCGAUGGUAACGGAAGUGUGA